GAUCCUAUAUAAGAGUGCGUGAAACACGAAACGAUUUUUGAAGUUUUCAUGUAAAUUUGCUAGGUGGAAUCGACAAGAAAAAUGGCAAAAGAAUCGGAUGAGGAGCUAAUAAAAGCAUUUUCACAGUUACAUGAGAAAAUGUUCGAUACUACACAAAAGUUAAAACUGGCGGAUUUGCAGAUUGACAAAUUAAAACGAUCUAAACAGCUCGCUGAACUAACAAUGAAAGAGGUAACCUCCUAUCCAAAGAAUACGAAAACUUAUGAAUCCGUUGGCAGAAUGUUUCUUUUGGAUGAUAUGGACAGCAUAAAAGCCGGUCUUGAAAAACGAAUGAAAAAUGCCGAUGAAAAAGUGAAAACUUUAGAAAAUAAUAAAACAUAUUUUCAACAAAAUUUAAAGGAGUGUGGAAACAAUGUUAGGGAAUUGCUCCAACAAAGACAGAAUAAAGACACAUCUGGUUAAUAACUUUUAUAUAUUUCUAUAAAUAUUAUUAUCUUAUUACUCGCUUUAAAAGAGUUUCAUAUUUUAUUUUUUCAUUACUCUAUUCAAUGUUGCAUUGUCAUAUUGUUGGAUUUAUACAUGAAAUUGUAUUUAAUUUGCA